AUGGGAUGGGCUAUGCCAGCCAUGGAGAGCGAAGGAGGCCAACCUCCUGGAAUGGAGCCUGCUUCACCUCGCAAGGCUUCUCGAUGUUUGGCCGAGCUGCUCCAGUCGGACGAGGGACAGGUGCACUUCCUGAUCAAGUUCCUGACGCAGAGAGGGAGAAGCGCAGCAUCCGAGAUGAGGAAUCGAUUGGCAAAGGACAAACCUGUUCAAGCCCGUGGCUACCACUUCAAGAAAGAGGUGAUCGCGGAGGCUCUGCGCUGUUGGCAAGAGAAUGAGGGAGACGAAGCAGGCCGAGAUCGGCGAUGGGACAGCGUCUCCCGGACAACUCGGCGUGCUGUGGCGACGGGCGCCACGGAGACGGAUGUAGAUGCAGUGGCAAUCCUUGCAUUGCUGCGAUCCUCGUUGAGCCCUGGGCGGGCUGAAACACUGCUGGUCCAACAGUUCCGCCCGCCCGUGGACUGCCCCACCAUCGAGCUCCCAGCUGGCCUUGUGGACGAGGGGGAGACAGCCGAAGAGGCAGCCCUGCGAGAGCUCAAGGAGGAAACUGGUUACAUCGGUACGGUCGCUGAAUGCUCGGGGGUUCUGACAAUGUCCCCAGGGCUUUGUGAUGAGAUGAUACGGCUCGUGGUCGUCGAGGUAGACCUAGAUCGACCGGAAAACCAGUCACCAGAGCAGCAGUUGGAGGAAACAGAGCGGAUAGUGGUGCGGCGCGUGCCCCUAGAUCAACUUCUGCAAGAGCUCGAGGCACUAACCCGAGAAGGAUGCAUGCCGAUCGCAGGCUUACACUUCUUGGCGGUGGGCUUGCGCCUUGGCCUUCUGCAACGCUUCUUCUCCGAGCCCCUGGCGGUUCCCGGUCCCGGCGGUGGCAGUGGCCAGAUGUCUUCAGGAUGA